UCUCCUGAAAUUUUUCUUAUUUCCAAUUGGAAAAUGGAAACUCCGCCGGAAAGAAGUGUGCAAGAGAUCGCACUAACAAAUCCGAUCAUUUUGACUACAAUUCUGCAAAAGACCCCAGUCUCCUUAAAAGAUGCACGACUCGUCUGCAAAUUUUGGAAUGACAUGGUUCUCACCCUGCCAAACACGCGAUUUGCAUUCACCCUGAACGACGAGUAUGAACGCAGAAACUUUGAGGACGAAGAGACGGAACUUAAAGCCGACCCGCUUCCAUUUUUCGCAAUAUGUUCCACCCUCGACCGCCGACUCGCGAAACGUAUCCGCGCCACCUGUGACACUGCAGCGUUAGACACCCCCCUAGUUAUUCCUUGCAUAAACACCUUCGCCGCUAAACUGCUGCACUUUUGCGACAAGUUUACCGACAUUAUGCAAAUUUUGGAAUUUUCAUCUAUAACAAAAACUGUUUACCAUCUAUCAAGUUUUAAAAGAUUACUGCCCGAAUUUGAGACAGUGACUUUUUCAUUCUCUGAGUAUGACAUUCUGAACAGGCAAAUUCUUCCCGUGGUUCUGACCCCAAAACCGAAUUUGACCAUGUUGAAGCUCAAUUCCCAGCAUGAGACCACUACUCCAAGUCUUAUCCAGCUGGUUAUCAAUGUCUCGCCAAACUUAAGAGAGGUCACCAUUCCGUGGGGAGUGUAUCCAGAUUUCGCCCAUACUAAACGCCUCGACUCCUUAACGAUCGCACUGAGCGAUCUUUACGCCAGCGAUAUCGGUCACUUUAACCCCGCCGAAUUUUCGCGAAUGUUACGUCAAGUUGACGACCAAUUGGUUACCCUUUGCUUCGGCGAGACGAAUAGGACAAUUUACAUAUUCGGGACCAGAGUCUGGAAUCAAAUAGAAUUUCGACUGCCGAGAAAGAUGCCGAAAUUAAGAAAGUUUCGAAACGUUUUGUUCGACGUUUUUCGGUGUGACGAUGUCUUGGCAGAUUUAGAAAAAAUGCCUGCCUUGGAAACGCUCGUGAUUGGAAAGACCAAUGCAACAAAGUCGACCGCCUUGCAUGAAUUUUUGCAAAGGAUUUUCGACGCGGAUAAGAUUUUGGGAGGCGUGAAGGAUUUAACGAUUAUUGAGUUGUAUGAUCCCAAUCUUUUGGCUGGGGUGAAAACAGCGUUUCCGAACUUGGUGAACUUGCGGGUGAGAACGUUUACUGGGAACGCGGAUUGGAGUGAGAUGAAGUUGGGCGUAGUCCUCCAGGCGUGUACGGGUUGGAAGGGAUUGAAACGUUUGGAGUUAAUGGUUCCAAGCUAUCCGAGACAAAUGGUGGGUAUAAUUCAGGCUCUGUUCGAUGCCAUGGAGUUGUUCAAAGGACUGAAAACGUUGAAAAUUUGGACAAGUGAUUGUCUGUAUUUAAGGUACAAAUUGACCGAGAGCGAGACGGAUCUGUUUGAGCAACUCCUUUUGGCAAUGGAUACAAUGGAUCAGGUCAUUAUUCGGAAUAUCGAGUUCGACGAACAAUCAAUGAGAACUAUAUUGAAUUUCAUGAUAUCAAACAAACUGUCCAUUACAAAGUUUAGGAUGUUUGAAGGACAAGGGUAUUAA